GCAAGCUACACACACUUGCCAAGAAUUGAAUAAUUUCCCCUUUCAGGAAUCUAUCAAUUGCUCAUCCAGAGAUUCUGCGCAAAGUCGUUUGAUUUGGUGACCCUCAUUCAAUUUACACACUCACACAGCUCUAACUCUCUUCCUUUCACUGCAAAACAUGUUGUGGUCUGCCGGCGGCGGGUUCCCUUCCCCGCUUCGUUUUCUGCUGCUGCUGUUGAUCAUCAGUAUUGCUGAAUCUGCGCAUCUGAAGAGGCCAUUCAACAAUUCGGUUCCGGCAGUUGUCGUGUUCGGUGACUCCACAGUGGAUUCAGGCAACAACAACUAUGUGAAAACGCCUUUCAAGAGCAACUUCCCUCCGUACGGGAAGGACUUUGUCAACGGCGUUCCCACUGGGAGGUUUACUGAUGGCCGAUUGGUCACUGAUUUUAUGGCAACUUAUGUGGGGAUCAAAGAAUACGUGCCACCUUAUCUGGACCCCAACCUUACGCUUGAGGACCUGAUGACCGGAGUUUGCUUUGCUUCCGCCGGGUCCGGAUUCGACCCGCUCACGGCUCAGCUAAGCGGUGUAAUUUCUGUGCAAAGGCAACUGGAGUAUUUCAAAGAGUACAAAGCAAAACUUGAGGCGGCCAUCGGUAAGGAAAGAACCAAAACUCUUAUCAGCAAGGCCGCAUUUCUCAUAAGCGCUGGCACAAACGACAUCGUCCUUAACUAUUUCGCCACCCCAUUUCGACGCCAGACCUACAACAUCACCAGCUACCAGCAAUUCUUGUUGGAACAUGUCAAGCAGUUCAUACAGGGUUUGCGGGAAGAAGGAGCUAAGGUGAUAGGGUUGGUGGGGCUUCCACCAAUUGGUUGCUUACCCAUCGUGAUCACAGUUACGUCCGGGGAGGCAGAGGGUGAAAGGCGAUGCAACCACUCUCUCUCAUCCAUUGCUUUGGAUUACAAUCAGAAGCUACAGAAAAUGUUGGAGGCUAUGCAAAAUUCAAGCUCCACUAUCAUUUAUUAUGCUGAUAUAUACAAACCCUUAAACGACAUCAUCCAGAGGCCCUCCCGAUAUGGUUUCGAUAACGUGAAUAGUGGUUGCUGUGGGAGUGGAUUGAUAGAAACAACAUUCAUGUGUAAUCCAGCAUCGCUUGUUUGUGCUAAUCCCUCCAAAUAUCUAUUCUUUGACUCAGUUCACCCAACUCAAGCAGCCUACAGUUUUCUCUACCAGGCCCUGCGACCAACCGUUGAUCGGGUUAUCAAGAUUCAUGACCUCUAAUUCCUUUCAUCUCUUCGGUUUACUGCUUCUUGCAUAAUGUCACAUGUCCGAUGUUCCGUCUACAUACUAAUAUCCUGCGGGGAAGCAGCAGUAGUACUUCAAUUGUUUAUCUAUGUAAAAGAAAAUAUAUGGCCACUGGCCCGCGCAUUCAGGCAACCUGUCUUCCGUUCUUCUUGUUUUCAUUUGAUUAACGAAUUUGGGUUUCUAACUUAUCGCUGAAUCCAUUGGAAGCUCAUUAUCUUGAUUUCCCCCCGUUUUCAAUCUUUU